CAGGAAAUUUCAUUUGGAUUAGAGUUUCAUUUGGUCGUUCUCAUUUUAUUUUGAACCCUAGGGCGGGCAGCUGAGAUCGCAGGUCUUUUCUUCAGCUGGUGAUAGAAGAUGGCAGAAGCUGAUGAUAUCCAGCCACUUGUCUGUGACAAUGGAACAGGAAUGGUCAAGGCUGGAUUUGCUGGAGAUGAUGCUCCAAGAGCUGUGUUUCCUAGCAUUGUUGGUCGCCCACGUCACACUGGUGUGAUGGUUGGCAUGGGCCAGAAAGAUGCAUAUGUUGGGGAUGAGGCUCAGUCUAAGCGUGGUAUAUUAACUCUGAAAUACCCAAUUGAGCAUGGUAUUGUGAGCAACUGGGAUGACAUGGAGAAGAUUUGGCACCACACCUUCUACAAUGAACUUCGUGUUGCCCCAGAAGAACACCCAGUUUUGCUCACUGAAGCACCUCUCAACCCAAAGGCUAACCGUGAGAAAAUGACUCAAAUUAUGUUUGAGACCUUCAAUACUCCUGCUAUGUAUGUUGCCAUCCAAGCUGUUCUCUCCCUCUAUGCCAGUGGUCGUACAACUGGUAUUGUUUUGGACUCUGGAGAUGGUGUCAGCCACACAGUCCCCAUUUAUGAGGGGUAUGCCCUCCCACAUGCCAUCCUCCGUCUUGACUUAGCAGGUCGUGACCUCACUGAUGCCCUAAUGAAAAUCCUUACUGAGCGUGGUUACUCAUUCACCACCACAGCCGAGCGUGAAAUUGUGAGGGACAUGAAGGAGAAGUUGGCAUAUAUAGCACUUGACUAUGAGCAAGAGCUUGAAACUGCAAAGACUAGUUCCUCCGUUGAGAAGAGCUAUGAAUUGCCUGAUGGGCAGGUGAUCACCAUUGGUGCUGAGCGUUUCCGAUGCCCAGAAGUCCUUUUCCAGCCAUCCAUGAUAGGAAUGGAGGCUGCAGGAAUUCAUGAAACCACAUACAACUCUAUCAUGAAGUGUGAUGUUGAUAUUAGGAAGGAUUUGUAUGGAAACAUUGUGCUUAGUGGUGGAUCUACCAUGUUCCCAGGCAUUGCUGAUAGAAUGAGCAAGGAAAUCACUGCUUUGGCUCCCAACAGCAUGAAAAUCAAGGUGGUUGCUCCACCUGAGAGAAAGUACAGUGUGUGGAUUGGUGGCUCCAUCUUGGCAUCUCUCAGUACUUUCCAGCAGAUGUGGAUCGCUAAGGCAGAGUACGAUGAAUCUGGUCCAUCUAUUGUACACAGGAAAUGCUUCUAAUCUGCAGCAUAUGGGAGCAGUGGAAGUGUAACGUCCUGAUUCGAGCGAAGCAAUUGCAGCUCAAGAGUUUGCCGUUUCUCUUUUCUAAUUUCUUUUUUUUUUUAAAAAAAAAAAAAAAAAAAAAAAACUUGUAGAGAGCCGUUGAGGUGAUGGUAGAGAGUUUCAAUUCUUUCAUUAUUGUUUUAAUCAGCUGUUGAACAGUUGUACUUUCAAUGCCAUGUUUGAAAUUCUAUGCGAUCUGAAAUUUCCUUUUA